ACCGCCUCUCCAGUAUACGAGCUGGUUUUAUUCUCUAGGCAGCUAUGCUUCCUACCUCAGCACCACCAACCAACACACCGGAAUCGAAAUCACCCGCAAAAUAUGUUGGGGAAUUCCAGUGACAGCACUAUCAAUGACACCAAAUAUGCAAUGGACAUCAACCAUCCACAAUGCGACGAUUUCGAUUUCGACGAGGCUGUUGACCUGGCCUUGUCAUCCAUCGAACCGUUGACUGCGUCCGGGAUAUCCGACAUCAGCGAACUGACCAGCUCCGUGCACAAUGAUCAUAACGAUGAGCUGAUUUGCUUCGGAGAGGUCUCGGGAAUUCAAGUCGUCGUGUCAGCUGAUCAAAGACCACCGCCUUCACAGGCUAUCCAGAUCAACUUCACUGGACAGACCAAGAUCCAUUGGCUUCAACCAUCACCCGGGCAGGGAGAGCUAGACCGUCGACAUGUCACUGCUCUUUCCGUCCUGAGCAAGGAACGUGGCAUUGUGCUGGAGACUUUCCUGUCUGUGAAGGCGAGUGCACCAGACGUCUCAAAAAAUCUCAAGAGAAAGAGAGUCGGUCACGCAUCUCUCAGUGUUGUAAUUUACGGUCCGAUGCGCCUAUACGAAGAUGUGGGUCGCUUUUGCCAGGCUUGCGACUAUUUCCUCCAGGAUCCCAUCAACGCCUCUCGAAAUGUCCUCUAUCGUAAUUCACAUCGCAUAUCUGGCAUGGAUCAGAUUGCACCAAAAACUUUUGAGCUGCGGCCUAGCAGUGUUGUGAAGAAUAUUGAAACACAACCUGAAAUGGAAACCUUUGACGAUUUCUUGUCCCAGCUGAAUGCAAAAUCCAAUGUUCCGGAAGCAGAUGACCCCCCAUGCUUGAAAACGCGUCCACUGAGGCACCAAAAGCAAGCUCUGCACUUUAUGCUUCGUCGAGAAAUUGGGUGGGACUUUGAGGGGCCGGACAAAGACAUCUGGUCGAAGACGAUAUCCGCAUCCUGCAUCACAUACGUUAACAACAUCUCUGGCGAUCUUCAAACUGUCAAGCCACCGAAUUUUUACGGUGGUAUUCUUGCCGAUGAAAUGGGCCUUGGCAAGUCUCUCAGCAUCAUCUCACUAAUUGCACAGGGUCUUGAAUUGGACUCUACUGCCACAGAGCGUACUCCUCACACCAUUCAGCAGAAUAGUUAUGCCGUCGAUUCUACGCUCUUGAUUGUACCUCUGCCAUUGAUCGCUAUGUGGGAGGAACAAUUUGAUAGACAUGUUCACAAAGGGGCCAUGACCUUGUAUCGACACCACGGAAGCACUAGGCUAUCGGCACAAGCUCGUCUUGGCCGACGUGAUGUUGUACUCACGACAUAUCAAACUAUCGAGCAUGAGUGGAGGAAGAGACCCUCCCAUGAAACAUUCAGCCUUCUACAUGUGCAAUGGAGACGCAUCGUCCUUGACGAAGCGCACUACAUUAGAGAAGUAUCCAACAAUACCACCAAAGCACUGAUGUCCAUCGAAGCUAUAUCAAGAUGGGCAGUCACAGGUACCCCCCUUCAGAAUCACCUCACGGAUCUUUCGACAUUGUUUGAGUUCUUACGGGUUCAUCCUUAUGACGAUCUCAGAGUGUUUAAUGCUCAUAUCGCCAGAGUUUGGAAAGACCGAAGGGACGACGAAGCAGCCAACCGAUUGAAACGGCUACUCCGCAUCAUCAUGCUGCGGCGACCUCAAAACAUCAUCAACCUCCCACCAUCAGCUCACGUAACACGAGAACUCACAUUCACGGAUGGAGAGCGGGAGCUUUACAAGGAAGCUGAAUCAAGAGCCCGCAAAGUUAUUGGGGAGAUGUUUGAUGAGGGUAGUUCCACGUCUCAGAAGCCAACAUAUCUGAAUGCAUUGCAGCAGAUCAACGAUCUCCGGUUGAUCUGCAACAUGGGUGUCCACCAUCGAACCUCUUUCGAAGAGCAUAAUGACCCAGUCUCGACGUCAGCAAAUUGGGACACGGAAGCCGCGUACGAUGCACUCGAGUCUCUUGCAAUAGCCGCGGAUCUCACCUGUUCACUCUGUGGAAGACUUUGUUUGGCUGACGAUGUCGCGACGCAAGAUCCUACAGAAACAGCAUACCUCUCAAGAUGCUUGCGCCUCUGCUGUCCCACGUGCAUAUCUGAAUCACUCUUAGAACCGUCAUGCACCGUGAAAGUAUGCGACCACAUACCUCCAUGUAGUAUCACUGCCUUCCCUUUGGACAGAUUAGCAGCGUUGAAAGCAAACGGCCCUCAGAACUCUAUACCCCGCACACGUUCCCUCCCAACAAAAGUAAGAGCACUGGUUCAGGACUUGCAAGUGCUUCCUCGACAAACUAAAAGUGUCGUCUUUUCCUUUUGGAAGGCAACACUCGACAUCAUACAGGACGGCCUUGAAGAAGCUGGCAUCAGAUUUCUCAGAAUCGAUGGGAGCGUCUCAGGCCCGAACCGUGCUGCCAUACGGAAGACCUUCCACACCAGCACCCAGUACCAGGUCAUCCUAUUGACAAUUUCCUGCUCGUCUGUUGGACUCGAUCUUACUGCUGCAUCUCGCGUCUUUUUGAUGGAGCCUCAUUGGAAUCCCGCAGUAGAGGAUCAGGCAUUGGCCCGUGUUCACCGCAUGGGACAACAAUGCGAAGUGGUGAAUACGCGAUACAUUAUCAAAGGUUCGUUGGAAGAGAAUGUAAUCAAGAAGCAACGGUACAAAAAAAGACUGGCGGAAGUCUUGUUCUCAAAAGAUGGCCUUGGGACGAAAAAUGUGCAAAGUCAGAUUGAAGCAAGUGCAUCGAAUGCGAUCAAGUUGGACAGUAUACGCUAA